UUUCCUGGUUUGUCAGGUCACACGGGGAAAAAAGCUAGCUGGAGGUUUUAGCGGCGAGCAGGGAGGAUUGCUGAAUCGGGCAUAAACAAACAUUUCCCAGAUCGAUCUGAUGUGUUUCAAUAACCGAUAGUGACAUUAUACUAUGCGGUCACCUCGUUCGCUAGCCAAUACCUUUAUAUUGACCCGAUUAUGGCGGCGGAGGGGGAUACAAAGCCAAAAGAGCUCAACCUGCAGCCUUCGGAAAGUUUAAGCGCAUCUGGACACACAAAGUGUCAGGACGGCAAUAAUGGACUGGUGGUGGAUAGUCCGGAGGAGACGUUCUCUCCCACUUCGGUGAUCUUCUUCAAAGAAGCUUUAAACUCUUGCAAUCUGAGCUUCGGUGGGUCGGUGUCGCCUACUCCCGUCCGCCAGUAUGAGUUCCACAUCGAGCGGAAAAAGAGUAAAAAUCCAAAGGAUCCCAUUGCCAUCGAGAGGCUGAACCUGAUGAACAUGGCCAAGCUGAGCAUCAAAGGCCUGAUCGAGUCGGCGCUGAACCUCGGCCGCACGCUCGACUCGGACUACGCGCCUCUCCAACAGUUCUUCGUGGUGAUGGAGCACUGUUUGAAACACGGGCUGAAAACCAAGAAGACGUUCCUGGGGCAGAACAAGUCCUUCUGGGGGGCGUUGGAGCUGGUGGAGAAGCUAACACCUGAGGCAGGAGAGAUCACUGCAAGUGUAAAAGACCUGCCUGGUCUCAAAACACCCCUAGGAAGAGGACGAGCCUGGCUGCGAUUGGCCUUAAUGCAGAAGAAACUCUCUGAUUACAUGAAGACCAUCAUCAACAGGAAGGACCUGCUAAGUGAGUUCUACGAAGCGAACGCCUUAAUGAUGGAGGAGGAGGGAGCGGUCAUCGCAGGGCUUCUAGUGGGCCUCAAUGUGAUCGACGCCAACCUCUGCAUGAAGGGAGAAGACUUGGAUUCACAGGUCGGCGUCAUCGAUUUCUCAAUGUACCUCAAAGACAGCGGCAACAGUAGCAAGAGCACAGAGGGAGACGGUCAGAUCACGGCAAUUCUCGAUCAGAAAAAUUAUGUGGAGGAGCUAAACAGACAUUUAAGUGCGUCCGUAAAUAACCUGCAGGCUAAGGUGGAUGUUCUUGAGAAGUCCAAUACCAAGCUAACGGAGGAGCUCGCAGUGGCUAACAACAGGAUCAUCACCUUGCAAGAGGAUGUGGAGCGAGUAAAGGAAGAGAGCUCUUACCAGAUGGAGUCAAACCGAAAGGCCUUGAGAAGCGAUGCAGCAGUACCAGUAGCCACAGAUGGACAAUCACUGGGAGAAACCCGCAAACAGCUGAAGGAGGAAACCCUACUACGCCUGGACGUGGAGAAGGAGCUGGAGGUCCAGAUCGGCAUGAAGCAGGAGAUGGAGCUGUCCAUGAAGAUGCUGGAGAAGGAUGUUUGCGAAAAGCAGGACGCCCUGGUGGAGCUCCGGACGCAGAUGGAGGACAUCCGCACCUUCAACCAACAGCUGACCCACAAGGCACAGAGCUCCGAGGCCAGCUCCAAACAAAAGGGAGACAUCAUCACCGGCCUGGAGGACAAGAUAAACCAGAUGGCCGGGACGGUCAAACAGCUGGAGAGCAGAUCCAAGCAGGCUCAGAGGGAGCGGGAUCUGGCCCAGGAGGCCAACCGCCUGUUCAAACAGGAGUUUGGGGACAAGAUUGAGAGUCUGCAGACGGAGGUGGAGCACCUGAGGAAACAGAGGUACAAGUUGGACCUGGAGCUGAGAAGAGAGAGGGCCCGAAAGAGCGAUCAACCUUUUGGCACCCAGCCCACAGUGCCCUCUGUGCCACAGAAGGGACGGCCGCACACGGAGCAAGCUGUAACGCGACACAGCCUCAAAGUGAAUGUCCCGGACUCUGAGAAGGCCCAGGAAGACGCUUCAGAAGACAAAACAGCCGAGGGUUCACCCACGCCCUCGUCUGAAUGUGAAGAUGUAAAGGAGAAAUCAGUGCUGGAGCUGAGCCAGUUGUCCAUCUGCACUAUCUGUGAACAGGAGGAGUCUCUUACGAGGAUUAAGAAGCGGUGCAAGAACUGCAGUGGGGUUUUCUGUGAGAGCUGCCUGACCAACGAGCUGCCGCUGCCGUCGUCCAUCCUCCCGGAGAACGUGUGCGACACCUGCUACUUCCUGUUGCUACAGCAAUACGCCUCGAGUCCCACCUGACAACGCCCUAUUCUCUAUCGACCCGUUUGCUGGGCACAACAGGGACACAUGUAUAAGGGGAACUCUCAAGACAUUUCAGCAAAGGCAUUGCUUAUUUUUUUAUUAUUGUGGUAUUUACUGGCACUGCCAAAAAGCACUUUUUUGAUUUCCCGACAAACUAAAGCACUCUAUGGGGAUUGCUAGACUUAAAAAGGGGAAUUUUAGCUACUUCCAACAGCUCAUCUUAUGUAUUUAUGCAUUUUAAACACUAUUAAGUGUCCACCAAGUGGAUUUGCUUAUAAUUUUUAUCCAUCUCAUAAUACUAAAGUGAAAUUGUUGCCAUGAUCCAUUAAUUCAAUGCUAUACAGACGGCCACUAUCUUUGGUGUAAUGGUAAUUCUAGACCUACUUCUUCAUCAUAUUAACCGGUUCUGCUAUAAAACUGCAAGUAAAACUAAUCUUCUGAUGUAAUACUGAGAAUUUGUCUUUAUUAGUCUCGACUCAUGCUUUUAAAACUGCAUAAUGUGGUUUCCGGUUGCAACAAAACACAAUUUGUCUACUUGUUGCAAUUAGGUUGCCUAACAUGGGCAUGUAUGCUAUAUCAUUGAUAUAGAAUCUGCUGUAGGCCUCUCAUAUUGUGAUGUCUGAAAAUAAACUCAUCUUAAAAUACUGAUUUACAAUACGAAGCGAGAUUCGAUUACACUUGACAUGCUGUAAUAAGCUAACAUUCUAUGAUGUUUGUUUUAAUGGUAGGAAGAAUAGCAAUGGUUGCUUGACCAAUUAAUUUAUUCGGCCCCAAUAAAAUGAGUCAAAUAAAGUGCAUUUUCAACCAAGAACGAAGUGAGAGCUUUAAGAACUUGUCAGCAAGUCAUCUAAUCAAAUGAAGCUGUACACACUUCACUAUUUUAUUGGAUAAUUUAUUUUUGUUUAAAAGAAUACCCCCUCUUCCACAUUAAGACCAUUUAUUAGGCAGUUUGUUUGAGGCCAGGAAUGUUUAUUGUAUCAUAUGAACAUCCUGUUAUUAUACGGAAAUAAACAAUUAUCUUGGGUAGAGGGACAUCUUUUUUUCAGUCAUCAUCACCUACAGAGAGAAAAUCUGAAUUACUGCCUGGCAUGUUGAAAGUAUUAAUUUUGUCGAUUGUUUCACUUGAGUGAAGAUGUACAUCACUUGAAACCAGCAUCAAUGAAUCACAUUAAUCUUGAAAACGUACAUUUGUUCACUUAAUUAGUCCCACAAAAGGUGGAUUUAAAAAACGUAUUUACAAAACAAACGCCAGAUACAAUUUCUUAGGAACUUUUAUGUAUAAUAAAAAAAAAAGUUCACUACUUACUCAUGUUAGUAUUUGUGGAGUUGAGAAACAACUCAAUGUAUCUCCCACCUAAAAAAAAAAAGAAUGCAUUCUAGAAACAAUUCAUUUGAACAUCACCGAUUUACAAAUAUGCCAGCACAGAUCCGGAUAAUUAAUGACAAAUAUAUCGUAGAAUAAAGAGUUGUGGAAAAGUAUGAAGGCACUCUAGUGAAGACCAAUCAAACUCUUAUGUAAGGAAUAAACCACCACUGAGGGUCCCGUCAUUGGAAAACAAUUACGUUAAAAUAAUGGAACACACCAGGAUAGUAUAAUCCACUUAUACCAGUGACCAACAAUGGUAACUAACAUAUCAGUUGCUAAUCUAGAACUUUAUUUCUAAGUUUUUGUGUUGUCAAGGCAACUUUUGGUCAUAACUUGUAGUGCAUUGAUUUGGAACGGUUAAAAAGCCCUUGAAUUUAUUGUCCAUU